AAUAUUUUGUUCAAUAUCGUUGUUUCUGACGAUAUGUUGAAUUGAUUUUAGGAUACGUAAUAGAAAUUCUGGUGUAGUAUCACUUUUACUACAUUGUGUUUUUUUUUUAUUAGUUAUAAGAUGACAUAUUCAAGUUCAUGGGAAGAGUUCGAGAAAGGCGCUGAGAGGUUAUAUCUUCAAGAUCCAAUAAAGACUCGGUAUACAAUGAAAUAUUGCCAUAAUAAAGGUAUCCUAUGUCUAAAACUUACAGAUAAUCGAACGUGUCUACAGUAUAAAACAGAGAUAGCACAGGACUUAAAGAAGAUGGAAAAGUUUAUAGGAAAUCUGAUGAGGCACAUGGCAUCGAAAGAGAGCUAAAUAAAGGACUAGAUAAGAUUAGGGACACUUUUUUUAAUGAGGAAUAAAAGUGCUGCGCAUGUAAUUCAUUGUUUAUGGUUCAUUUCAUAAGAUUCAGUGACCGAUGGGAUUAUAGAUAUUUAAUUUGAAUGAGGUAUAAAAACUUCCUUAAAUAUACAAUAUGUGCAUAAAUGUCUAUUUUAUAUUUAUUUAAAGCUUGAUGCUCAUUUCGGGUGGUAUCGUUGCCUCCUUGUUAAAGUUCUGAAACAGUGCAAAACAGAAUGUAUUAUUAUGUGAUCAAAUGUUUGUUUAAAAAUAAAUUUUCAAAAACAGGAAUAAAA